CUUAAGCAGAGAGUAGUUUUCGCCAUUCCUCCAAAGCACCCGCUCCAGAAUUUGCAGUCCUGGUCGCCGGUCGCUGGUCGGCCUUCCUUAUCUAGAAUUGCUAAACGAUUGUCAGCUCACUCAGAUAGGAUAAGGUGUGGUUGUUAUCGUGUUUGUAUUGAUUGAAGUGCAAAACUUUGACUUGUUACUUAAAAUGGUGGUUGUGAUUUCUACUCGAAUAGAUAAAUUUGGCCAAGUUUUGCGAGUUGUUGGACAUCGCCUUUGGUCAAGCAGUUUGGUUCAUUCUUUUUCAGAAACAAAAGAUGAAGUUGAAACAAUUGCUAGAAUCAUUAAUGACCACCCUUUUCCUGUUCAGCCUCUGCAACCAAUGCUUAAACGUCAUGUCUCUUCGAGUAUCCUGUCUACCAUGUUUGUUGAAAAUGUCAUUGGUCGCCUAUUUGCGGCACAUGCAAAUGGUCUUAAAGCAUAUGAAUUUUUUGAGUUCUGCCUCCACCAUCCUGAGUAUAGUCCAACCUCUGAUGCAUUUGAGAAGACACUUCACGUACUAGCAAGAAUGCGAUACUUUGAUAAGGGUUGGGAACUAAUGAAGAAAAUUCAACAGCUACAACCGUCGUUGCUCACCCUUAAGUCAUUGAGCAUCAUGCUAUCAAGAAUAGCAAAAUAUCAGUCCUAUGAAGAUACCCUUGAAGCAUUUGAGAAGAUGGAGCAGCAUUUAUUCCCCGGGAAGAAAUUUGGCACCGAAGAGUUCAAUAUUCUUCUUCGAGCAUUUUGCUCACAGAGGCAGAUGAAAGAAGCUCGUUCAGUAUUCAACAAACUCCAUUCUAGGUUCCCACCUGAUACCAAGACAAUGAAUAUCUUGCUUUUGGGGUUCAAGGAAUCAGGGGAUAUUACUGCCGUAGAGUUAUUUUACCAUGAGAUGGUUAAAAGAGGUUUUAAGCUUAAUUCCGUAACAUACAGUAUAAGAAUUGAUGCAUACUGCAAGAAAGGUCGUCUUGGUGAUGCUUUGAAGCUGUUUGAAGAAAUGGAUACGGUAAAUUGCUUGCCUACAGUAGAAACAAUAACAACUUUGAUUCAUGGAGCAGGGAUUGCUCGUAAUAUAAGUAAAGCUAAGGAACUCUUCAAUGAAAUCUUCAAGAGAAAUUUUCAACCAGACACUGGAGCCUAUAAUGCCCUUUUGAGUUCUCUUAUCAAAUCCAGGGAUGUCAAAUCUGCAGCAGUCUUAAUGGAUGAGAUGGAGGAGAAAAAUAUUGAGUUUGACAAUUUAACUUAUCACACUAUGUUAUGGGGAUUGAUAAGAUCAAAUGAUGUUGGUGGUGUCAUUGAUCUUUACGAAAGGAUGGUUGACAAAAAUUUCUUGCCUAAGGCACGUACUGUUGUGAUGCUGAUGAAAUUCUUUUGUGAAAACCAGAGAAUUGAUCUGGGUUUGAGCUUAUGGAAUUACCUGAUGAAUAAAGGGCACUGUCCACACUGCCAUUCUUUAGAAAUUCUGGUCACAGGAUUGUGCUCCCGUGGGAGAGUUGAAGAAGCAUUUGAGUGCUCUGAGCAAAUGUUGAAGAGGGGUAGGCACAUGAGCGAGCUAGUGUUUCAGAUGUUGAAGAGGUCUCUCUUACAGCUGGGAGAGGAGGAAAAGUUACAGAAGCUCUAUCAAAUGACAAAGAGAUUAGAAAUGAUAUUGCCUCCUAAUGGACAAACUAUUGGCACAGCCUAGGUACAGAGCUGUAAGUAAGGUGCUGUUGGUGUUUUGGGCUCAAAUUUGCUUAUGGGGAGGGUUUUCAGAAACAUUAAAUGCAACUGAUCUAUUGACAAAGGAGAGUAAAAUUCCUCUGCUCUAUUUGCUUGAUAUCUGGCAGUAAGGUUAUUUAGUUGCUUGAACAGUUACCAACCUUACACCAACUUUUGCACCGUUUUAUCGGUUGUCAGGUAUGUUACUCUUCAUAAUCAGUUCAAUGUGAUCACUACUUCAACAAAAUGUCCUCUAUUCAGAUGUCAUAUGCUGUUGUGCUAACAUUUAUGAUUAUGAAACUUUCAUGCAGCCACAGGGGGCAUCUGCUCACAAUUUUGUGAUUCAGUUGGCACUUUCAAUGGUUGCUUCAGAGAGCACUUAAAUCUACAAUGCACAGUAAUGGAAUGGUUAAUUUAGUUAACAAGUUCUUUGAGAUGCAACAGAUUGAUGCUCUUAGGCCUCUUGGAUAUAUACACAGGGCUGGUCAGCAGGUACCAUCCUGAGAGAUUAUUUUCUUUGAUAGAAGUUUUUCCUAUAAAAGAGGUUAUGUCAUCACACUUAUUACAGGUGCUACAUGCAAUGCAUAUAAUUGUUAGAAAGUAUCAUUUCGGCAGUGCCGUCUAAAAUUAUGACUUAGAUCCCAUCAGAAGUAACUGGGAAGGAUCUAAAUACUGAAAG